UUACCGCCUCUCCUAUGGGAGCCUCUCCCCUCUUUCACAAAGCUGCAAUACCUCGUGGCAAUCUGUGUCAUCAAGGCCUUCCUGACAGUCGGCUGGUCUCUCCGGAGGCUACUUGUCAUACUCGGUUUCGCACCCAAGUUUAGCGGCAGCCCAGCAUUCUCCAAGGCCUAUAUUUGCAGACCGAAGCUCACACACCGGUUCUUCUACCCCAAGUCCUACCAAUCCGGCGAGACUCUACCAGUAUACAUCAACAUACAUGGUGGCGGCUUCGCCUUCGGUACCCCGGAACACGACGAUGAGUUCUGCGUAUUCUUCUCCAACAACUUCAAUCUACUUGUCAUCAGCAUCGACUACUCUCUCGCACCAUGGAGCACCUUUCCUACACCCACAGAGGAUGUAGCCGCCGUCAUGCUUGCUAUUCUUGCCGAUAGUACUCUUCCAAUUGACCACUCUCGCGUCGCCAUCGGCGGCUUCAGUGCGGGUGGCAAUCUCGCCCUUUCAGCAUCUCAGUUACCGGCUCUUCAGGGCAAAAUUAAGGCCGCAGUCAUGUGGUUCGCCCCUGUCGACUGGAGUGUUGACUAUGCUUACAAACUCGCCUCCCGCGCCUACAACCGUCCUGAGGAUAUUGAUAGACUUGCGGCGGUGGCACCCAUCUUCAACAACGUGUAUCUGCCAACCGGCACUGAUCAAAGAGACCCGCUCCUCAGUAUACUCUAUGCAAAGAGAGAGGUCUUACCAGAGUGGAUAUAUGGGAUUUCUGCAGAGUAUGAUAUGCUGGGAGAUGAACUCAAGAGAAUGAUGGUGCAGCUGGCGGGCUCCCACCAGCCACCACUGGAGAGCGAACAACAAUCAUUCGAGAGAGACGGAGGGAAAAUAAAGUGGACGAUGGCGAAAGAUGCGGAACACACUUUUACGCAU